CUCCCCCCCAUGAACCACAACCAACAUCCCAGCAUACCGAUUGUUGAAUCAAGGGCAGAGGCUACAGCUACACAGAGAACAGCGCAUGGGCGGCAGGCCGGCGCCAAAUGCAGACAUGACUUAACGGCGCCAGGCAAAGCUGUGCGAGAUGCUUUCUAUCAGGAAUGCUCAUUGACUGCACAAUCUCAGGCUCUGUUGGCAAAGAUGGAGGAGGUUGCAGAGAAGAUCAGGGCUUGUGAGGGGUGUGGGUUCUACACAAAGAGACACCUUUUAAAAUGGAUGCAAGCGAAGAAGAAAGGAGACUCUCAGGUGCUGUGGAGCACUCCAAUGCUACAUAGUACUAUGGAGACCAAUGUAGUUCAAGCUGCUGGCACUGACAGUACUGCCGUGUCUGAAUAUGAUUCACCCAAGGGGAGUUUAGAUGCAUUUGCUGAAGAGGAAGGAUUGGAAGGGGUGAAGGAUGCUCGAACUGUAGGAACCAGGCCAUGUCUUCCUCCAUCCCCUUCCCCUCCGGCCCUCAGCUGCUGCAACUUUGGAGCGAGAAUCACCAGUCAUUACAAUCAGAUGCUGAUCUUCAGUGUCACCAGCAAUGAAGAAGAAGAAGAAGCUGCUGAACCCCCAAGUUUCAGGCUUCGGCCAGUGCAUACAUGGUGAUUUCAAGACCAUAUCCAUCGACAGACACUUUGCAUCACUUUCUUGCUUUGAUACUUAAUUUCCCCCUCCUCCAGUUCAUACCUUGGAUGCUCUGAUGUAACAUACCACAUACUUGAUGUUCAAUCCUUUGAUCAG